GUAACUGAAAUUCCGGCCACUCUACAUUAGCUGUCAUAUCAUCGAUAGCAGAGAGCACAUCCAGAAAUUAGUUCGAAUAUUAUUACCAUGUCCGCCUCGAAAUUGGAGUACGACUGGGACGAUUUGGGAGUGCGUCACUUGGACGACUUUGCAUCAGGAAUUCCCGAGUGGUCGGCCGGGGAUGAGGUCUUCACCACCGCCGUCGAGGAGUUGUCCAGCCUUCAGGUUCACCGGGAGAAGGUGGAGCAGAUCCAGCGACGUGGCAGCCUGAUUGUCAGCCAGGCCCAGCAGCACUCGCAGGCGUUGGUCGAAAAAUUGAUGAAGGAUAUGAACCUCGGCCGGGAGAAGCCCAUACUCCCCCCUCAAAAGGCUACUCCAAAGGCCUACAGCUUCAAGGACAUCUAUUCGAGCCGCAAGGACCGGCUGAUCCGCGAGUGCCACGAGCAGGAGCGCAAGAUGCGCGAGUUCCACAGCCGCCCGAUGCCGGACUUCCGGCAGGUGCACGAACGGCAGGCCCUUAAGUCCGCCGUGCACCGCAUCACCUGUCCGAUGACCCCCAAUGUGCUGAGAAACUCGCUGGAGAUGGAGAAGAGGCGUCGCCAGCGGGCAGAGCAGCUGCAGAAGGAGCAGGACGAGCAGUUGAAGCUGCAGCGGAAGCUGAUGACCAGGGCCAAGCCUAUUCCGCAGAGCAGCCGUCAGCCGCUGAAGGCGAUGAAUCGUCCCUCAGUCGCUCCGCAGGUGAAAGUGAAGGUCGAACCCUUCAACCUGUCCGCCGAGUCGCGAGUGCAGCAGCGUCGCCUCUUCAAUGUCCAGAACUCGAAGGUGCAGGAGGCGAAGCGCCGGGAACUGGAGGAGCUGCGCCAGCGGAUGGAGCAGGAGGAUCGCCGGAGGCAGCGCCAACUAACCACGUUCCGGGCAAGACCCAACCCAUUUGCACUCACCGCACGUUGACCUGGUGGUCCGAUUUCCCAUGUUUUAGCGUUUUAUUUGUUUUUGGCUUUCGUUCGGUUUCGAUUUUUUUCUGCAAAUUUGUUUUGUUUGAAGAAAUUAAAUUACUAUAAUCACCAGCAGGCAACCACAGACACAAACCCACAAUCGAGGGCAGAACACUAGUGGUGCAUUAAUAUAUUAUAUUAAAAGUA